UUUCUUUCUUUCUCCUGUCUCUCUCUCACUCUCUCUCUUUCACACACACACACACACACACACACACUUUCUCUUUAUAUCACACUCUCAUACCCAAUUACACACGCACACACAGUCACUUCCAAUCCCUCAUUCAACUCACUGUCAGCCACGGGUCAAAACCACAGACAAGCACCUUAUUCCAAUCCCGCUGGAGAGAGGAGCACUGCAAAGUUCACUCAGCACAGGACAGGACACUGACUGACUGACUCAGCAGCUGGGAAGAAGGACGGAAGCCAAGGAGCAGAACAGGCUUCAGAAGAACAGGGAAAACAACAGAAAAUGACAGAUUGCUUUUGGCAAAGGAAUUACUGAAUGUAUUGUUUUCAGGACGGAGUGAGUAAAUAGUCUCGAAAGAGAAAGGAGUUUAGCAUCGGAGCCCUGAAGAGACUGAGCCAUAUGCGGCAGAGGGCUGGUUGGAACUCCGGUUCUUCACGGCUCUGCUGACUGGUCCUCGGUGACAGGGACCGCUGCCUCUUUGAUCGCCCUCCCAACUUCCCGAGCAAAACCCCUCAACCGGAGCGCACCCCCCGGGUCUCCGUCCCACCGGGCAGCAUGCCUACUGCCUGCGCAAGGUGCACCUUGGGAAUCUGACCCACCAUGUGCAGAUGGAUGCCGCCCAUUGCUGGUCUCCGUCCUGACCUUGCUGCCACUGGCACUGCCCAUGCCAGGCGGCCCCCACUGCCCAGCGCUGCCUCCCUCUGCCUGGCGUGCCUCACCCUGUUCCUGGUGGCUGGCACGGCUCUGGGGGGCUGCCCGCCUGGGGUAGCGCAUGAUCCCCUCCAAGUGCUGUCGAGGGGCGUCAACUGGACACUGGAGAGGCACGCGCGUAGUUACAAUUACCUAGAGGGCGACGUCCGGCUCCGGCGGCUGUACUCCGCCAACAAGUUCUUCCUCUAUAUCGACAAAACAGGCAAGGUGGAUGGAACCAGACGGAAAAACUACGCUGAAAGCCUAAUGGAAAUCCGAUCUGUCAGUGUUGGAGUGGUCGCCAUCAAAUCUGUCAGCACUGGACUGUAUUUAGCUAUGUCGAAAAAAGGCACCCUCUUUGGAUCGGUAAAGUACAGCCCCAACUGUAAGUUUAAGGAGCGCAUUGAGGAAAACGGCUACAACACGUACGCCUCGCUGCGCUGGAAACAUGGCGGCAGGCAGAUGUUCGUGUCUUUGAAUGGCAGGGGAAAACCCCGGCGGGGUCACAAAGCCCGGAGGAGACACCCUUCAACCCACUUCCUCCCUAUGGUGCCCUCAUAGCUUGAAAACGGAUCUACAGCCAACUCACCACAGCCAGCUCACCACAGCCAGUUCACCACAGCCAGUUCACCACAGCCAGCUCACCACAGCC